AUGAUAAUUGAGGAGUACACCGUGCCCGGCUCCAUUGACCGCAAAAUCCCUCACCCGGCUGAGCCGGCGGACGCGCGACCGCGCCAGCCCUCCUCCGCGAUGGCGCCCGGCUGCUACAUGCUCGAUUUUUCGGUGUACAAGCCCCCUGCAGAGUAUAAAGUUAACCACACCACUGGAGGGGAGAACGCGAAGCGCUGGUCGAUGUACAUCGAGGAGAACACUCAGUUCCAGCUCAAGGUGGUGAAGAAGAGCGGCUUGGAUGUCGACGGCACGUACCUGCCGCCGGCCAUCCACCCCUCCAUCGCAGACGAGCCCAAGACUGAUAUGAAGACAGCCAUGCUGGAGGCGGAGAUGGUCAUGGGCGGUGCCGUGUCAGACCUGCUGGAGAAGACGGGCAUCAAGCCCGAGCAGAUCGACAUCCUCAUCUCCAACUGCAGCAUCUUCUGCCCCACGCCGUCCCUGGCGUCCAUGCUCAUCAACAAAUUCAAGUUCCGCCGCGACAUCCAGGCCUACCACCUGGGGGGCAUGGGCUGCAGCAUCGGCGUGGUGGCGGUCGGCCUCGUGAGGGACAUGCUCAAGGCGCACCCCAACAGCAUCGCGCUGUUCGUGCCGGCUGAGAUCACCACCUACUGCUUCUACCCAGGCCGCCACAAGGACUUCCUCGUGGCCAACGCCAUCUUCCGCAUGGGCGGCGCGGCCAUGCUGAUGACCAACAAGCCGUCGCUGUACAGCCGCUGCAAGUACGAGCUGCAGCACGCGGAGCGCGUGCACACCGGCCAGGACGACGCGUGCAUCAGCUGGGGGCCGGAUGAGGACGGCAUCAACGGCGUGUUCCUGGGCAAGGACGUGCCAGUAGAGGCCGGGAAGAUGCUGCAGGCCGUCAUCGCCAAGAAGCCUCCGCGCCAGCCCGUGCGCGAGCCGGCCGGGGCGCCUCUAGGCGCCGGCACUGGGCCGCGCCCGCCGCCCGGCCCGUUCUGGAGCGGCCUGGGACGCACGCUGUUUGCGUUGUGCCUCAGGGGCCGGCGCCGCGCCCUGGUGACGCCCAAGAUCAUGACCUGGGGGCAGUACGCCGAGGCCGCGUACCGCGUCUUCGGCAAGAAGGUCCUCGGCUGCGACUGGGGCCGCUACGUGCCGGACUACACCAAGUGCAUGGACCACUUUGCGCUGCACGCGGGCGGCUACGCGGUGCUCAAGGGCAUCCAGAAGGGCAUGAGCCUGCCCACCGAGAUGAUGCUCCCCUCAUUCGCCAGCCUGCGCGACAUGGGCAACACCAGCAGCAGCACGACCUGGUACAGCAUGGCGUACAUGGAGCGCUUUGGCAUGGUCAAGCAGGGGCAGCGCAUAAUGCAGGUGCGCAUGGGGGGAUUGGUCUGCCGCGCGCUGGCGCCCGGCGCUGGGGGUCUGCUCUCGGGCGGGAGAGGGGUGGUUCCGCACUUGCACGCGGCGAGAGCCGGCAACAAGCGACUCACGCCGCGGGCGCCUCCUCCCACCUGCUACCAACCAGCCUAA